AUGGCAACAACAACUUAUAUUCCUGCCGCUGAUGUCAACAGCUAUGACUAUGUUAUUGUCGGUGGAGGAACAGCAGGGUGUGUAAUCGCCAGCAGGCUGGCUGAAUAUCUGCCACGGAUGAAGAUUCUCCUAAUCGAGGCUGGCCCCAGCGAUUUCAAAGAUGACAGAAUACUCUUGCUCAAGGAUUGGCUCAAAUUGCUGGGAGGACAGUUUGAUUAUGAUUAUCCAACGACUGAGCAGCCGAUGGGAAAUAGCUAUAUUCGGCAUUCACGGGCCAAGGUGCUUGGUGGCUGCUCCAGUCAUAAUACCCUGAUUUCCUUCCGCCCCUUUGAAUAUGAUUGCAAGCUGUGGGAGAGCAUGGGUUGUAAGGGCUGGGACUUCGAAACCUUUACCCGCAUUUUGGAUAACCUUCGCACGACUAUCCAACCUGUACACGCUCGGCACCGGAACCAGCUAUGCAAGGAUUGGGUGAAAGCUUGCUCCACUGCUCUGCAUGUUCCUAUCAUUGAAGACUUUAAUAAGGAAAUCCGCUCCAAUGGAAAACUGACAGAGGGCGUAGGCUUCUUCUCCGUUGCCUACAAUCCUGAUGAUGGGCGCAGGAGCAGUGCAAGCGUUGCGUACAUCCAUCCUAUGCUCCGUGGAGAGGAAAAACAUCCAAACUUGACCAUCUUGACGGAUACUUGGGUCUCUCGGGUCAAUGUUGCGGAUGAUACCGUUACAGGGGUCAACAUUACCCUCCAAUCUGGAGAGAAAUUGACCGUCAAUCCUAAAAGGGAGACCAUCCUUUGUGCUGGAUCAGUAGAUACCCCUCGAUUGCUUCUGUUAUCUGGAAUUGGCCCCCGGGAGCAACUGUCCUCUCUUUCAAUCCCCGUGGUGAAGGACAUCCCCGGUGUAGGCGAGAAUCUUCUUGAUCACCCAGAAACAAUCAUCAUCUGGGAACUUAACCAACCCGUUCCCCCCAACCAAACCACCAUGGACUCCGACGCAGGCAUUUUCCUCCGCCGUGAACCUACCAACUCAGCUGGCUUUGACGGGGAUGCCGCAGACGUCAUGAUGCACUGCUACCAAAUUCCAUUCUGCGUCAACACUGAGCGUCUCGGGUACGACGUCCCCAUAGAUGCCUUUUGCAUGACACCCAAUAUCCCCCGCCCACGCUCCCGGGGUCGACUGUAUCUCACCUCGUCCGAUCCAAACGUGAAGCCCGCGCUUGAUUUCCGCUACUUCACCGAUCCAGAAGGUUACGACGCCGCGACCAUCGUUGCUGGGUUCAAGGCGGCGCGUAAAGUCGCACAGCAAUCCCCAUUUAAAGAAUGGAUUAAGCGAGAGGUUGCACCCGGUCCCAACGUAACGACUGACGAGCAGCUGAGCGAGUACGGGAGGCGUGCUGCCCACACUGUUUACCAUCCUGCUGGAACAACGAAGAUGGGCGAUGUUCAGAAUGACCCGCUUGCCGUGGUUGAUCCGCAGCUGAAGAUUAGGGGGCUGAAGAAAGUCCGCAUUGCGGAUGCUGGCGUCUUUCCUACCAUGGUUACCAUCAACCCGAUGUUGACGGUGCUGGCUAUUGGUGAGCGGGCGGCGGAGCUUAUUGCGGAGGAAGCGGGAUGGAGGAGACACUCUCCUAAACUAUGA